AUGGCAACACCUAACCAACGCAGCGAUCUUCCGGCAAAGCGCAAGAAGGCAGAUUCUACUGAUUCUGCUACUUCUACAGAGGAUCUGCAAGAGGAGGAAGAGCUGCCAUUCGUUAAAGAGGAGGAAGAGGAGGAGCAUAUCACGAGGUCGACUGGUGAGCCCUUGAAGAGUGAAGAUGGUCCGAGUGAGGGCUGCAGAGGGGCAGAGCCUCCAAGCGGUUGCAGCAGCUGCUCAACAGAAGGAUUGCAAGCAGACAUUUUCAUCGCUCCAACAGACAGAAAUGGCGCGACGUCACGCUCACCUUACAAUGAUGAUGGUCAUCAGAAAUCUCACCAUGACGACAAACUCUGCAAAUGCUCUCAGUGUGGGAAAACAUUUGCUAAUGACAAAACUUGUCAUAUGCAUAUGAGGAUCCACACUGGUGAAAAACCUUUCGUCUGCUCAUUGUGUGGUCAAAGAUUCAGUCAAAAGAUGAACUUAAAUCGACACACGAGAACCCACACUGGCGAAAAACCUUAUGCCUGCUCAGUGUGUGGUCAAAGAUUCGCUCAAAAGCAAAACUUAUAUAGUCACGAAAGAACUCACACUGGUGAAAAACCUUUUUCCUGCUCUGUAUGUGGUCAAAGAUACAGUGACAAGAGCCACUUAAAACGACACACAAGAACCCACACUGGCGAAAAACCUUUUCCCUGCUCAGUUUGUGGUCAAAGAUUCAGUCAAAAGAUGACCUUAGAACGUCACACAACAACCCACACUGGCGAAAAACCAAUUUCCUGCUCAGUUUGUGGCCAAAGAUUCAGUCACAAGAGCAACUUAAAAAAACACACAAGAACACACACUGGCGAAAAACCUUUUUCCUGCUCAGUUUUUUGUGGUCAAAGAUUCGCUCGGAAGGAUCGGAUGAAGAGACACGUGUGUGCUGGUGUGAGAAGCAGUGGCCAAUGA